GGGGUUUGCUAUAUGUUCUCUUGCAUUAUAUUGCGAAAACCUUAGAGAGUACAUAACAAACUGACAACUUUAAUGACAGUGUACUGCAAAGUCAAACUUAUUUACAAGCAUUCACGCAAAGGAUUAGUUGUAUUUAAAACUGAAAUUUACCGUAGAAUAUUAAUAUUAGUGCAAAAUGAAUAGAAAUCAACGCAGACUUGGUAGGCAGCUUCAGAAGCGGUAUGAGGAAACUAAAUAUGCGAAGGCAGAAUUAGAAGAAGUUUUGCCACCGAAAAGUAAGAGGGAUCCGGCUAAGCUACAAAAGUUUACGACCAACAAAUGUUGCUUUGUAACGCCCGUAUACGAAGAUUUUGGGCAAAUUACUGAAGCUAACGAGACACCUGUUAAAUACCAAGAUAUACUUAAAGAGCAAUUCGGAUUCGACCCGCUCAUGCCGGAAACAAUAAACCAAUUAAAGGAAUUGAGAAAAGUGCUUUGUAAUAACACGGCUAAAGUUGAGAAUUGCUCUCAAUACGCCGAAGAUAGUAGUAACAGGUGCGGCCCGGAGUAUGCCAAAAUCGAUGGAACGCGUUGGCAGACCGUUAAUAAUGUUGCGGAAAUCGACAAGUACAUAGCUCAUGAAAACGAAAAGUCAGAAGCAUAUUUAGUCCUCCCCGAAAAUGUUUGCAUAACAGAAACACCACGAAUAAAGAUAAUCGCAAAGAAGUUCUCUAAAUGCAAAAGGAACAACAUGGAAUUGAGGAGGCUCGACGAAAAAGUGGCUUGUGUUGAAUACGAUGUAUUUAUUGGCAAAGAGGAGAAGCCUAGAGAAACAUUGAGAGCGUUCUUCUCAAUAAAACCUGCCAAAGGGAAGGACAGUGAAAAAGGGGAUAAAUUCAACAUGGCCAGUGAUGAGUUGAAACAAUUCACCGAGAAAGAGAUCGAAAUCAUUGAUGGCAAGAUACAGGAGAACAAAUCUUACUUGGAGGACCUGAAAAGAAUCUUGAAGAGAAAACAGGCUAUAUUCGCCAAGAGGAAUAAAAACACUCUGGAUCUUAUGUCUUUAUACGAAAUGGCUAAAAGGGAAAGUCCACCUUUAGAAGACGGUUUCUCGAAUACAAACUUUUUGUCUAAAGCCGAACUGCAAGAAAUGAAGAACUUGAUUCUAAAGAAAUGCGCUUCCAGUGCGCAUGGGAUAAGCAGGAGAACUUUGAAGAAAGAACCGGAAGGAAACGGUGGUAAUAUAGGGCUCAUAUCUCAGAGCAUCUUAGCCGAAUUGUGGAGGGAAGGAGACAUUAUUGGCAAAUAAACUGUGUGGAGG